GAAGAAGCGCAAGCAGAAACUACAUGGCGGGAUUUUCUAGUGUUUUGUUUACACAGUUCUCUCUCAGGUGUUGAAUUAAGUUCUGUGGUUUAAAUGUAACGUUUCAUUCGGAGAAAUAUGUGUGAAAAGAACAAAAGGGUGAGCCGGUGGCUCGAGACGGUGUUCGGUGCUGACGGACUUCCGGGUUUUGAGGUGAACACGCGCACAGUUGAGCUGCUGGACCAGCUGGCGCACAUGAGCGAGCUGAGGUGUAAAGAAGCGGCCUUACUCACAGACGAUUACAGACACAAAGCAGCGGAGUACAGCAGUGAUGCUACCCACUUUCAGGAAGUGCUACUUCAGGGUGUCGGGCUUCAACCCAGAAGUGUUGCCAAAUCCACUUCUGAUUUUUUGUCUGUGUUAGAGGGCAGCGCCGAGGUCCUUAAAGUUCGAGACACAUCAAUGGGAAGCUUUGUCCCUGCAAUUAAUAAACUGACCAGCGACCUGGCUGAGGCAGAGAAGACUGACAGGAAGUUGGGGCAGGAGCUCGCUGCUGUGAGGAAGAAGAUGGCUGCCACGAUGAUUCUCCGGAAAAAACUUCAAGAGGACUUGAAGAACAUUACACAGGUCCAGCAGGUUGAGGCUGCUACAGCUGAAGAGAGGUUGCUCAAUAUGGACUUCAUGAAGAACAAAUCCAGGGACCUGACCUACAGAAAUAAGCUAGCACAGGAUAAACUGGCUUCCAGACAGAUGAAGGACUCACUCAGUCAUCAGGCUAUUGUGCAGCUCACAGAAAAAAUCACAGCGUUGAAACAGGACAUUGCUCCACUCAUGAAGAAGCUAGAGCCUUAUUAUGACCUGAGCCCUAGUCCUGCUCUGGCUCGGGUUGCAAUCGAAGAGGUGAAAAGAGAGCUGGUGGCCCUGGAUGCUGAACUAGAGCAGAAGGUUGAUUUGAUGAACACUUUAUCUCAGUGACUGACUGAUGAAGAAUAAGGAGAUCAGCAACAAUUAGUGUUGUAACUCAACCUUUUAUUUUAUUCCCCCCCCCUUCCCUAGCCACUAUGGGUGGGCUUUAUUUGUGCAAGUGUGUGAAAAUAAAAUACAUUUUUCAGUUCAA